CUCUACCCGCCCUUGCACCUUGCAGCUCGCUCAGAGGCAGCAUCUUGGUCCUGUGCUAGAAUAUAAAUAUACAUACUCCUGACACUCCUGAACCAUCUACUUCUCGAGUUCCUCUACUUGUUUUCAAUCUCUUUAAAUCUUCCUCGGCCAUCCUGUAUCUUUGACCGGAGACCUCUUCCUUGUACAAUUGAAACUCGAAUCUCCUUGCUUCCACCCUUGCUUUCAGCAAGUUCCCAUACCUGACAAUGGUAGACGCUCGCCUCCCCGUUCCCCAAUCUCUCCAGAAGAGCCUGGACGAGACCAAAGUAUCAUACGCCCAGUUGGGCAAAUCCGGCCUGCGAGUCUCGGUCCCCAUCCUAGGAGCCAUGUCAUUCGGCCACACUGACUGGCAACCCUGGCUCAUUUCCGAUCCUUCUGAAGUCGAUACUCUUCUCAAGGGCGCCUAUGACCGUGGAUUGAACACCUGGGACACGGCUAAUGUCUACAGCAACGGCAUCUCUGAGUCAUUCAUCGCAGCCACCAUCAAGAAACACAAAAUCCCACGUCAUAAGCUCAUCCUCCUAUCCAAGUGCUACGGUAUUGUUGGCGAAGAACCUGGCGUUCGCCACAUGAAUUUUCCGGACGAGUUGCGCCGCUCCAAGGACUAUGUCAACCAGGGUGGACUCUCGCGUGCCGCCAUAUUCAAUGCUGUCAAUGCUAGUCUCGAGAGACUGGGCACCGACUACUUGGAUCUCUUGCAGAUUCAUCGCUUCGACGCCACUGUCUCUGUCGAGGAGACCAUGAAGGCCCUGCAUGACUUAGUCCAGAGCGGAAAGGUUAGGUACAUUGGUGCCUCUAGCAUGUGGACAUAUCAAUUCGCCUCGAUGCAACAUGCUGCGGAGAAGAAUGGCUGGACCAAAUUUGUCAGCAUGCAAAACCACUACUCUUUAUGUUACCGUGAAGAAGAACGGGAGAUGAACCCCUACUGCCUGCAGACCGGCGUUGGUCUAAUUCCUUGGGCCCCGCUCUAUCGCGGCCUGCUCGCAAGACCCCUAGGAUCUACUGCCACCGCCCGCGAGGAGUCUUCCAAGGGCUCCCCAAUACAUGCACUGAGUGACGCCGACGAUGAGAUCAUUGGCCGUGUCCAGCAAUUGGCCGAGAAAAAGGGUUGGAAGAUGAGCCAGGUGGCUUUGAGCUGGAUCAUUGCCAAGGGAACCGUGCCCAUUGUUGGCUUUAGUAACUUGAAGAGGCUGGACGAGGCUUGCGAGGUCAGGGGCAAAGUCCUCACUGACGACGAAAUCAAGUUUCUCGAAGAGCCGUACAAGCCCCGCGCAGUUAUCGGACAUUCGUAGUUGGACCCAAUGUGCCCAAUAUCAGUCAAAAGGCC